CAAGAAUUUACGAUUUUUUUCGGUAGAAAAUUGACGUGACGCUGUUGCGCAACUUUGACAACUCGAAUAAUAAGGAAAAUCUGGAAAAAAUGUGUCCCCAUUGUUUCAGGGACUAGUAAACAGUCUGGAAUUGUGUGGGGAUUCCUAGUUUCCUCUUUACAGUGGCCAGUGUCCAUGUUAUGCUCGAAAAUGUGUGGUGAAAAUCAGCUGGUGGCCAUCUUGUUUAUAACAAGCAAUAUAUUAUUAUAAACACAUAAACGGAUAUCUUCUAUGGAAUUUAAUUGUUGUAAUAUAUGAUGGCCUUUGAAUAAAUCGGGUCCAUCUCUUCUGAGGAUGAAUGAAAUUACGAAACAGUUUCAAGAUGGCUGGAAAUGAUGGUACCAGUGCAGAAUUGUUUCCAGGAUGGUCUUCUGUAGUACACCAGCCAGCAGAAGAUCCUGAAGAAUCUGAUUUACCAAGCACUGUGGACAUCACAGCUUUCACCAGCAGUUUGAAUGUUGAACCUAACAAUGCAGGACAGAAUGAUGAAAACAGUGAUUCUGAAAGCGAUUCUGAACCUGAUUCAAGUAACUCCGGCACGGACGCGUCGCAGUCGUGCAGCCAAUCGGACUCAUCCGAUUCGGACUCGUCGACGUCCAGCCAAUCGUCGCGCAGCGAUCGCAGCGCCGUCGAGCAACACGAGUUUUCCGUUACCAGCUCGCAGACGGACGGUCUGCGGCUGACCAUUGCGGCGAAGAAGAAGACUCCCGCGGAGGAGGAGAGGGCAGUUAAACCACUUGCCGCACCUGCAACCACCAAACGACCCAGCAGCUCCAGCUCCCCCACCAGCGCCUCCGAAGAAACCGCCUCCGACAGCGAACCGAACACAACGCGAAAUAAGGCGCACGAUGCGACCAAAAUGGGAAGUACUCGUGUCGAUCAUACCGUAACCAAAACGGGAAGUGCCCGGGUGGAUCCUACCGCGACCAAAACGGGAAGUGCCCGGGUGGAUCCCGUCGCGACCAAAACGGGAAGUCCCGUCGCGUCCAAAACGGGAAGUCCCCUCGCGACCAAAACGGGAAGUCCCGUCGCGACCAAAACGGGAAGUCCCGUUGCGACCAAAACGGGAGGUUCUUCGGUCAAGGCGGAGAGGACGGCGAGGCGGAUGGUGAUGCGAUCGCGGACAAAACAGGCUGAGAGAAGGGAGGAGAAGGGGGGGAGGGUGGGGAAGAGGGAGGCGGCUGGAGGGGGAGCGGGGAAGGGUGGGGGUGGAAAGGGGAGGCAGCGGCCGAGGAGGACGAGGAAGAUGGCCUCCCUUCCCCUGUCUCGCGGUUCCACCUACUCCUCCUCCUCCUCCUCGGAGGACUCUGACGCCGAGGGCAUGCUCGCCGCCUGCAGCCUGCAGGAGAUCCGCCAAGAGGACCUCGCCGCCAUCUUGCCCGAUCAGCAGGAGAUCGACGCGUUCGACUUCGAGUGCGCGCGCAGCGACAAGAACUCCCCUGCUGCCGGCGAUAUGUCCGGGUCGGACAUGGAACUACCCCAGCAGGCGGUGAACGCGCUGAUCCAAAGGACGACGGAGAGCUCGAGCGAGGGGGAAGCUCACGCGCCGCCCAAUCCGGGCAGUCUUUAUGCGAAUAGCCUGUUGCAGCAGUUCGUGGCGCAGACUCAGCUGCUGAACGCGCCCUGCCCGGUCAUAGCCAGCGCCGGCGAUAUACUCAAGCCGCCAGUCCUUCCCGGUACUGCUACAGACUGUCAGAACGCCAAAGUCGAAGGAGACAACUCUAAGCGCCGAAGAGGAAGGCCCAAGAAAGAGGUGAAACCCGUGGAGACCGCCAACGAGUACUGCACUAAUCCCAAUGUGUCACCCGACUCCGGUAUCCAGAACAGCCCCGAUCACGUGUCAAGUCCGGAACCAGCACUAUCACCCAGCAUCAAGCAAAAAGUCAAAGAAGACUCGAAGAAAAUAGAGAAGCAACCGGCGAAGCCAGCGAAAACAGUACCUGCUCCAACUAAAUCAAAAGAAUUACCGAAAAUUCCAAUGACAGCCACCAGAUUCGAUAGGGCCCUGUACGGGGCUGUGGAUCGAGUGCUGUACCCACCGAGAAGAAGAGUGGGUAGGCCCCCCAUAAAUAAAAAAGGGCCUGGUAGGCCGCCCAAGAGCAAACCGGAACCCGCGAAACCUACCGAGAAGGUUGUGGAGAAACAGCCCAAGGUUUUGAAAGGCAGGCACAAGACCAGGACUGUGCUUAGCGUUAAGAAUAAGGUGGCCUUAAGGAGCAAAUAUCAAACGUUGAAGAUACCCAAGCUGAUGCACGACAGGCACAAACACAAGAAACAUAAAAAGUACAAGUUCAAGAUAUUGAAGCCGGUAGCGGCGAGAGAUCCUAAAAUAAGCAUCGAAAUCGAUGCUUUGGUAGCAGAUUUUAUCAAGUGUUGUGUUAUAGCUGCUCAGCAACCGAAGGAGAAUGUGCCAGAACAAAUUUUGAAGACAUUGAAGAAGGUAACGAAGAAGAGGAAAACUACGGAUCACUCUGAAAAGAAGAAGAAGAAGCAGAAUGUCACAGUGGCAGAUAGCAAAGUACAUAACAGUAAUGAGCAACGACUGCCAUUGAAGAAAAGGCAUUACCACUUGGUGAACAGCACCGAAAACAAAAUAGAAGAUAGCGAAAUUAAGAAGGAACCAGAAGAAGAUGUCAAAGUAGACAAAGUGAAGGUGAAACAAAGUGUUGCUGCUAGUAAAGAGAAGGAGAAACCGAAAGGUAGCACCACUCCCAAAUCGGAUAGCCAAAAAUCGCCAGUAUCAGCGAAAUGUGUACCUGUCAUAAAAUCCAACGUCGCAUCACCCAAAGUACAAAAUAUCAACAACAACGAUUACGAUAUCAAAGAAAAGAAGGAAUCAGUGGAGAGUCACGUAGUAGAGGCUAUCGAAGCGUGCGUCAGCCGCUUGUUCGAAGAAAAACCGCCAGCUAAAUCGGAAGUGAAGGGUAUCCCAGACGAAAAAACCACGAAUAACGGUCCGAUAACCACCCCCAAGAAACGUCAUCGUUUGGAAAUGGUGAAUUCCGCGGAAAAUCUCUAUCCCGACGUGAAAACCGAAGUGGCUCCUGAGCAGGAGGAAAAGCCCAAGCCAAAGAUCAGCAUCGAGGGCUUCAUCACGGAAUUGAAGGUCAAGAGGAAUCUCAUUGCCAAAUCGCCUGUGCGUGAAGAAAAGAAACCGGUCGAGAAGAAUGCGGAGAAGAAAAUCACCGAGAAGAAUGCUGAGAAGAAAAUUACCGAGAAGAAUGCGGAGAAGACGAAGGAUGCGCCUGUCAGCGGGGAAAGUGACGUCAAACUGUCGCCUGAGUCUGCGAAGAAGAAGGUGCGGAAAAGAAGAGCUAUCAAUAGGACUGGAUUUCCCACUGUCAAGAAAAAGAAGAAGAAACCUUCAUGCGUCGCCGAGCCGACCAAAUGCAAACCCACCGAACCUCAAGAGCAAGUUACGAAGAACGCCUGUGACCGUGUACCCAAAGAAGGAGAAGAGUGCGCCGAAUUUGUCCAGAGGACGGAGAAACCGGAAAGUUCCGUGGCCACGCCCGUCCCUCCGGAAAAGUGUCACGACGAUGACAGUUCGUCGAGGUGGGAGUUUAUGAGCGAAUGCGAGAGUUUGCCCCAAGACGAAAGGACCGAAUUCGAUGACGACCUGAAACCGGACAGGAUGACGCUCAGAAGGCGCGAUUUAUCUCCGGCGACGUCCGUCGAUGCUCGGAGCACGAGGAGCGCCAAAAACGAUGACGUCACAGACGAUCUCGACGUGUCAUUAGAAUCGAGCAUAGAGCGGCUGCGCUCGAGGCUGGAGGAGCGCAAGAAACGGAAAAGGGGCAACGACGACAAACUGCCGGACGCCAAUGGAAGAAGAUGUUAUCCGAAGCGGAAGGUGAGAGACGGCUCGCCGGCAGGCAGCGCCGAGCCGCUGCACGAGCGCCGUCUGAAGGAGGAGGUGGCGUCGAUGGCGUCGGCGUCGGGGGACGAGAAGCGGGGCAGGAAGGCGCCGCGGUGGCGGAAGAAGUAUUUGGUCGCUGGGCUGUUCUCCGACUACUACAAGGAGGACGACGAAUCGGUCCGCCUGAAACGCGCCGAAAACGCCCACAAACCCUCUCGGCUCGCCUACAACCCCUCCGAGCACCCUUACGGGCUGCUGCCCGCCCCCCACCACUGCGGCAAGUACCUGCGCUGUCGCCGGCUGCCCUUCCGGCUGCCCUACGACAUCUGGUGGCAGCACACGCACUCGCAGCUGCCCGGGAGAGAUGUCGUGCCCAGCUGGAACUACAGGAAGGUGCGCACCAACGUGUACAACACGAAGACGAGCACCGGCGCUUGCGAACCGCAAUCCUGCAAUUGCGGACCGUCGAGCGAUUGCGGCGACGACUGCAUCAACCGGCUGGUGUUGUCCGAGUGUCCGGCCAGCCAUCGGUGCGGCAACCAGCGCAUCCAGCGGCACGAGUGGUCGCCGGGGCUCGAGAAGUUCAUGACCGAUUCCAAAGGCUGGGGCGUCCGAACGAAGCUGCCCAUCAACCAGGGCGAGUUCAUUCUCGAGUACGUCGGCGAAGUAGUCUCCGACCAGGAGUUCAAGGAGCGCAUGGGCACCAUCUACGUCAACGACACGCACCACUACUGCCUCCACUUGGACGGCGGGCUGUUCAUCGACGGGCACCGCAUGGGCGGCGACGGGCGGUUCGUCAAUCAUUCGUGCGCGCCCAAUUGCGAGAUGCAGAAGUGGUCGGUGAACGGGCAGUUCCGGAUGGCGCUGUUCGCGCUGCGAGGCAUCGAGGGUGGGGAGGAGUUGACUUAUGAUUAUAACUUUUCGCUGUUCAAUCCGGCAGAAGGUCAAGAGUGCAAAUGCGGCAGCGAAACAUGUCGCGGCGUGAUCGGCGGCAAGUCGCAGCGCGUUCGCCAGCUGCCCGAGCCGCCCGCCCCGCCAAAGCACCCGGGCAGGGUGGGCAGGCCGCGCAAAACGGAAGCGAAAAAGAAGAAGGCGACCGCGGGCGGCCAACUGUUGCCCGCCCUGCCGCCCGCCCAAGCACAGCCCGCGGUGCAGGUCAGGGUGGGCAGGCCGAGGAAGACGGAGGCGAAGAGGAAGACGACUGUUGAGGGCGGGAGGGAGGGGGAUAAGGUGGUGCAACAGGUGGUGGCGCCCGUGAUGCCGAUGAUGCAGGUCAGGCCGAUCAGCCACCAGCAGCGGUGCUUCGUGCUGGAGAGGCAUUGUUUCCUCUUGAGGAAUUUGACGAAGGUUAGGAAAGUUCGCGACAGAUCGCCGAGCACGACGUCGGUAGCGUCGUCCAGACAACGGACGGCGACGCCGACCGACGCCAGCGCGUUCGCCAAUCACCUGAACGCGCUGAAGCAGCCGCGCAGCAUGAAGACGCGGCGGGUGGCGCGCGGCGAGGACGACCCUGAGCUGAGCAAAACGGUGAAGUUGGCCGCGUUGCUCAAGGAGAUUUGGGGAGCGGUGACCGCGGCGAAAGAUGAGAAAGGCGACCUCCUGGCUACCCCCUUCACGACAAUGCCAUCCAAGCGGAAAGCGCCCGAUUUCUACGCCCAACUGGCCAAUCCCAUCGACCUCGCCACGAUCGAGCAGAACAUCGCCACAGGCGUGUACAAAACGGCGGAGAGCUUCGACGAGGAUUUCCACUGUUUGUUCAGGAACUACGCGCGGUUCUACGGCAGGACGAGCGAUAUCGGUGUUGCCGCCGCUAAAUUGAAGAAGGUGUACGCGGAGACGAAGAAGAGGAGUUUGGAGCGGUUCGAGGACGCUGUGGGCGAGAAACCGCCGGCCGCUUUCGUGUGCAGCAGGAAGAAGAGCGAAGAGGAGGACAUCAUCAGAUGUAUCUGCGGCAUCCCUCGAGACGAGGGUCUGAUGAUCCAGUGCGAGCGAUGUUUCGUGUGGCAACACUGCGAGUGCGUCAAAGCGGACGCUUCGGCGAGCAGCUACCAUUGCGAAAAGUGUGUGCCGCGAGAUGUGGACUACGAAAUUCCGAUGGACGAGUACACCGAACACAAUCACAGGUACUACAUGACCCUCAUGCGAGGCGACCUCCAGCUCAGACAAGGCGACACGGUGUACGUUUUACGCGACAUCCCGAUAGAGGGCACCGAUCGCAAGCACACCUACGACACCAUAGGCGAGAUCGACUACGCCGAGCUGGACAUAUUCCGGAUCGAGAGGCUGUGGAAGGAGGAGAAGACGGGAAGGAGGUUGGCGUACGGCCAUCACUAUUUGAGGCCGCACGAGACCUUCCACGAACCUACGAGAAAAUUCUUCCCUAACGAGGUGAUGCGCGUACCCCUCUACGAGGCCGUGCCCGUCGAGCUGGUCAUCUCCCCCUGCUGGGUGCUCGACGUCAACACCUUCUGCAAGGGCCGACCGAUCGGCGCCGACGAAAGGCACGUGUACAUCUGCGAAUACCGCGUGGACAAGGCGGCCAAGAUGUUCAGCAAGGUGUCGAGGAGCAAGUAUCCCGUGUGCACCAAGUCGUUCGCCUUCGAGAAGUUCGAGACGCGGUUGAGGAUAUCGAGGACUUAUUGUCCGCACGACGUGGACGAAGCCCUAAUGAAGGGAGGAGGCGGCGGCAGGAGAGCGAAGACGUCGGAGGAGGGUAAGGAGGGCAAGGAGGGUGGAAGUAGCGGCAGGCCGAAGGAGGUUGUCGCGACAGUGCCUGCUUUGCCACCUGUCGUUAGGACUCCUAGUGAACAGAGGGCUAGAUUGAAUAGGAUAUCAUUGAAUCUCUUGGGCAAGAUGCCGACCAAGCAAGUUUUAGACGUUUCCUACCUUCUGGAGGGCGGUCGCCGAAGGAAGAAACCAAUCGAAAAGUGUUAAUGAAUGAUAAUUUUAACGAUAUAUUUCAGUCAAUGAACGCCCAAAAUGGAGGUGAAGAGGACAUGAAAGAGGAUUUUUUUUUUCAGAGACUAGGGAUAUUUUCGGAGUGAAUAAGGAGUGAAAUCUCCAAAAAUCCACGAACCUACGAGGGGAGCCAUGUGUAGGGGGCGACAUGAAAGGUACCUUUUUUGAAUUAUCGUUCUUAUCUUGAAAACGGUAUGUGACAGCUAGAAAGUCAAUCCUUUCAAAAUUGUAGCGGAUAAAAUUAUCUACAAAAUUUUAUCAGUAGGUUUUUUCCGUAUCUUUCUUUGUUCUCGAGAUAUCCGCUAGCGAAUCAUGUAAAUUAAAUUUUUCAAAACUGAAAACUUCUCAGGAAAAAUAUGAAUAGUUUGUGAAUUUUACGUGCUCAUUCGGAAUCCGAAGUGAUUGUCAACCUAUAUUUUCAGUAUAUUUGCCGCUCCUACAAAUUUCAGAAGCCUAACUCAACAAUUACGAAAGAUACAGAGGUGCCUCCAUUAGAAGUGAGACACACUAUACAGAGUAAGUCAAAAAUGUGUACCGAGUUUUCUGGAGGUGAUUGUACAUUGAAAAAUAAGUAUAGUUUGGUGAAUAAACUGAUACCCCAGAACUAUGGCGAGAUGAGGUUUCUACGUCAUAAGAGGGUCCGUUUUCAGAAGGUACUAAUGUCCAAAAAUAAAACAUUCCAGUUAAUUUUUCGAUCGAAUUAUGUCGUCAAUCAUUAUUUAUGUAUAAAAGGAUCAUUAUAAACAUGGUUUGAGUUAAAAGUUCUACUAAGGUGUACACGCCCAUUCAAUUUAUGUAUGAAAAAUCCUACAAGUCGCGUGAUUUUGUCAUUAUGACAGCGAAAAAAAUUUGCCCUAACUGUUUCAGCGACAAUAACGGAACCUAACUUUUGAAAGCACGAUAACCAGCUAUAAACAAAAAAUGUUUGAUGAAUUAAAUUGUCUUACCGAAUUACACUCUAGCUUUUUUUUAGUCGAAGUAAACAUGGCAUUUAUAAUUCGAAUUUUGUUGCCUACGGUCCUACGGACUCGUAAUCUUUUCAGAUGCCGUUUUUUUUUGUCAAAUUGCCAGGCAACAAAAUUUUUAUUCAUUCUCGUGUAAUUAUAAGUGACAAUUUAAUCAUAUAUAAUACCACAAGUGAUAAUAUUUUGCCGGAAAUAUUCGGUGAUUGUUACGACAGCUUGUUGCCUAGUAAUUUCGUGAAUGACAUUGUUAUCAAAACUACGAGCCGUAGGCGAGUAGUUUUGGAUCAAUGUCAUGAGCGAAAUUAGAGCAGCAAGCUGGAGUAUGUCAAUCGACGAAUAUUUCCAGGAAAAAUAGUAUCACGAGUUGUAUUUGUAUGACUAUUUCAUGAUUGAAUAAGACAAUAUAUGUAUAUAAGAAAUGGGAAGCAUAAUUUAAAUAUAUUCCGACUCGAACUGCGAAGAAGAACAUAAUGAUAGUAAUGAAAUACAGAAUUUACUUUUUUCGAAAUUAAUUACCUACUCAUAUUUAUUCACAAAGUGGAAUGUACAAUUUUGAUAAACAGUUUUUUUUUUUAUCAUCUUGGAGAUGGUUGCUCUCAAAAGAGUGUAUACAAUUGCUAUCCAAUUCAUACAAAAUAAAUUGAAUUUAUGUGACAUGAAAUAAUUAAAAAAAAGAUAUCGUCGCCGAGGGGCUCGAACCACCGACCUUCGUAUCCCUGCGCAACAACCCUAUUAGUUGAGCUACAUCAUCUAGUAAUUAUAGUUACAAUAAUUUGAGUCAUUGAAGAAGAUUACUUUAAAAAGGAAUUUGAAUUCUAGUAUUGUUGUGUCAGACCGUCAACAAAUAUGCAAACUUUUUGAAUUACACAUGAAACGUCCAGCCAGAAUAAAAUUGUCUCGCCUUUCGUACAAAAUAUCUCACUAACGCGAAUUAUAAGUAAAUAAAAUAAAGUAGGACUUAGGUUAUUGUCUCAGAUUUGAAUCCAAAGCAAUCUUGACCAGACACGAUGUCAAAAUUUUAUCGCUGAUAAACGAGGUUAGUUGGUCACGUGUGGGUCAAUUCGUCUUCUGUAUUGGUAGAGCAAGUCCGAUAAAAUUUAAUAAACAAAAAAUACCGCUAGAAUACAGAAGAAACCGUGGAAAUGGUCGAUUCUGAUUGGUUCUCGGGAUCAAGAGUGGAAUAGUCAGUUAUAAUGGUGUCGCGUCAAUUGGACGUGGAAAAUUGGACGCACGACUAUUGGUCGCAGUCAAUUGGACGCGGCGACAAUUGGACGCGGCGACAAUUGGACGCGGCGACAAUUGGACGCGGCGACAAUUGGACGCGGCGACAAUUAGACGCGGCGACAAUUCGACGCGGCGACAAUUGGACGCAUGCGUAAAUAAAAAUAAUUUUAUAAUUCCAAUGAAAUUCAUUGUGAAGGUUAGGUGUUAGGUUAGGUUAGGUAUUUGUUAUAUUAUAGAUAUGAGCCCUGCAUAUUCCAUGCAAUAAAUUUCAUUGGAAUUAUAACAUUAUUUUUAUUUUCGCAUGCGCUCAAUUGUCGCCGCGCCUAAUUUUCGUCGCGUCCAAUUGUCGCCGCGUCCAAUUGUCGCCGCGUCCAAUUAUCCGCGUCCAAUUUUCGUGCGUCCAAUUGACCACGUCCAAUUGUCGGUAAUCCCAGUUAUAAUUUUGAAUAGAUUGAAUUUUUCGCCGUGACAUACCGAUUUCAAGAUUUGAAUGCUAGUUCAAAAAAGGGGACUUUUUUGUCGCCCCCCUGCACUUAGCUGCUCAUGGGUUCAGGGAUUUCUGGUAUUCAUACUUCCUAAAAGAUGUCCUCUUUCAUGUCCUUUACAUUGACUGAACAAAUAAAUGUGUCUCAUCGGUUAAUCAAUUGGGUGAUAUUUUCAGAUAUUCUCUAUUACGUUUCAGACAAAGCUGAUCUACAAUGCUGUUGACGAUUUCUUCUGUUCUUUACGGUAAAUAGUAGUUACUCGAAUAUGUUACAGGGUGGGUGUCUUUUGUGUCCCAUCUCGACAUCCCUGCUUUCCGGCUCGCUCUCGUAAUAUGUUUAUCGGUGCACCCUGUAUAUUGUUGUUUUUUCUCACUCGAUAAUUUUAAUAGCUAGUCAUAGUACUGUUGAUAAUAUUUUCAUCGAUUCAUUAUUUAUUUGUACAAAAAUGAAAUGUUGCUUAUAUUUUCAUGUUAGAAUUAACUUUUAAGCUCGGUGAAAAAUUUUUUAUUGAAUUUGUGAAUGGGUACAAAUAUUUUUAAUGAUUAUUGAUAUAUUAUUUUUUACAAAUUAUUGCUUGGCGAUCUGGUAUUAUACAGUGUGUGCGAGUCGAGGUGGUUCCACCAUCAAAUUAUGGAACAAUUUGACAGAAAAUUUAAUAUUUUUGCUUUUCAUGACCUACUAUGAUCACAUAAGGGAGUGAAAUAAACAGUAAGUAUCAACUUUUAAUAAUUUUUUUUCUGUGACGGGAAAAAAGUUUGGCAUUUCAUCUCUGUUGGCAGGUUAUAAAAUGUCACUUUUCAUAAAUUACUUUUUUCCCGUGGGAAAAAAGUGAGUACUUCUUUCCCGGAUAUAUAUCACAUAUAUAUACUCUGUUGAUGGCUUUUGUUGUGCUAUAGUUCCGAAAAAUGAGUCAAUAAUACCGUCUCCGAGAAAGAACUGCAUGUCCUUUUAUCUUCCAUUCGACUUCGCGGUUUCGUAUAUUACUAAACAACUACUGAAUCCGCAAUUUUUCAAAAUCAAAUCACAGAAUUGAACUGACAGAAGUGACAUCAGAUAUUUGAUUACUUCAAAAGAAUGAUAAAGAUGCCUAUAAAACGCAGGUGUCCCUACUGUUAAAAACUUGAAAUUUCACGUCGAUAAUUUUCAGAUUUCGAAAUAAUGUAAUAUCUUCUCAAUAUUGAUUCGUCCUUCCUUCUGUCACAGAAAAAAAUAGUGUAUUAUACACGGGAAAAAUAUCAGAUUUUAGCUCACGGUUUUUUGUCUCCCUCCGCUACGCGUCGGGAGACAACACAACCUGGAGCUAAAAUCUACAACUUUUUUCCCUUGUAUAAUAAAUAACUAUUUUUAGUGAGCAAAUGUUUGGCAGUCGAUUGGGAUACGUUAAAAAUACACAUUUUCAAGUCUCCAUGCAUAUUGUACAGGGCCAAAGAAAAAUUUCAAAAUUCGAUGUUCACCAUUUGAUUUUGAGUGUUUUUCGACUAAAGUAAUUUUUUUUUGUGUUCUACGAGAUUCAUUCAAUCAUAAACGAAAGUUUAAUUUCUCUCACAUUUCAUUACCAACUAUGAUAACAAACAUGAAAGAGAAGAAAAUAUCAGUUAAUGAAUUUUUUUUUAUCGCUUUGGAAACAUGUUCGGGCAUGUUUCCAUAUUGUACAGGGCUAGUUUUAUUAAUGUAAACUCCCUCUUGCUCUUUCUUGUUUUCCACCCAUCCAAAAAAAUUUAAAACUGAUUUUAUACCACUAUUUUUCAUACAGGUUCCAGUCAUAGUGACAGUGUUGCAGUAUCUCUACAAAUAUACAGGGUAUACAGAAAUAAUUAUAUUUUCUAAAUGGAAUGCGCUGUAUAAUUGGAUAGAUAUGAAUCCCUUAUAUAAUAUAUUUGUAAUAAGGAUGAGUUGAGGAAUUCAAACCUAUCAAAAUUUACGGCGCAUUCCAUUUGAAAAAAAAAAAAAUCGUUCUGUAUACCCUGUAUAUUUGAAGAGAUAUUGCAUCAUUGUCAUAAUGAGUGAAAUCUGCAUUUGAAAUUGUAUAAAAUCAGCUUCAAAUUUUUUUGAAUGAAUGGAAAACAAAAAAGAUGAAGGGGGGUUCACAUUAAUGAAACUAGCCUUGUACAGUCAGACAAAAUUUUAAAAAAUCAUCAGUUCAUGUUGAAUAUUUGUCGACUUAUUCAACGAUGGGAGAAGAUUACAUUUUUUCACGAAAAUUAGUACAAAUUUUCGAUAUUGUACAGGACGUUUGUUAGAUAUUGAAGAUAUUUUGAAAUUUUGUAUGUUCACUACCCAACUAUUUGGGCGUUUUUUUUUAUUAAAAAAACUGAAAGUUUUGCAUAAGAUUUGGACAACUUUAAAAAUAUACCUGUACAAAUUUUCUAGGCUCCAUAUUGUACAAUUUCCGUUGUACAUGGACCGACGAAAUUCAGAAAAACACCAAUUAUUUUGAAUAUUUUGAAUAUUUUUUUCGAAUAUAUAAAUCGACGAGCUCUAUCCAUAUAUCCUAUAGUGAAGGGAUUAAGAAAAAUAGAUUGAUUGAAAAUUGGAAAUUGAGUAUGAAGAAAUUUUGUGUCUAUCAAUUUGGGGUAUUUGUUAAAAUUGUCAUUUUGUUUGAAAAAUAGUUCUAUUAAUUACAUUUGGCAUUUUAAACGAGCACACAUUAUCGACUCAACAAUUAAUAAUAUUCAAUUUCCAAUUCUACAAUUUUUCAAAAUAAUCAUAAAGAACAUAAAUUAAAGAAGAAAUAUCAUUUUUUCUCGAAUACAUCUCGUCGAGUAUUAUAUUAAAAAAAAAUCAAAAAUCUGCUGUAUAAUUUUUUAAUAAUUGUUUGGUGAAAAUUACAAUUUCUAAAAUGUCAUUCUUUUUUAAAAAACGUCCUGUAUGUACUAUGUGGAAAAAAUUGUUUGCCACCUAAAAAAAUGUAAAAAAAAAAUCUAUGCUAAUGGCCAAUACGAAAUCUUUUUUAUCUGGGCAUAGUAGGUUAUUAUCAAUCUAUUUAUUGAAAACGAAAUUAAAUACAAAUUGCUCAAGAUGUUUUGAAAUACGAGGGUGGUUCCACCUCAAAUCGCACACCCUGUAUGUAAUUUCAUGAUUUAUUUUUCGUACGUGAUGGUAUUAUUUUUUAUCUAAUUUUUUCCCUGUCUUAUUUAUCUUCUAAUUUAUUAUGGUGAAUCUAUUUUAGAACGUAGUUAUUCUUGCCUGACUAAAGUAAGAACUUAACACUAUAUGUUAAUAUCACAGUAGGAUAUACUUUUUAUGAAUAAUAAAAUUGUUAUAUUUUCC